AUGGAUGAUGUCUCGGACCUCGUUACGUCGCCCUUUAAUGACAUCAUCACGCAAGGCCGGACCGCUGUAGAGAAUGCUGGCGGUAAUGGGUAUAUGCUGAAGGCUGCCCAGAGCCUCAUCAAGGAGGGCGACCGUGCUCUUAACAAAAUCGAGCCGCUCUGUCGCAUGCUCCUGGACAAGCACGGUCUCAAGUUCCUGGACUUUCUUAAGGAGAAUGGCAAGUCUCCCCCAUAUUUCGCUGUGGCUAUAGUUGCAAACAUUUCAUCCGAAUUGAACGACCUAUUGUGGGAGUUUGAUGAUUACAUAGAGCCUGAUGAUUUUGAAGCCGAAAAGUUUGCGGAAUUGGAGACUGUUGCUCGCAACGCCGCCCCCAAAAUCUAUGAUAUCCUCAAAGACAUGAAGCUGGAGGUCCCCACUGAGGACAGUCGCCCACGCAUCUCUACAAGACCUGUUCUACAUACAUCUUCAAUACAAAAAUCGCCCCCAGAGUCGGUGAACUCGGACCAGAGCUCUGUUUUCGACCACAGCCGAGCUGACAGGAUGAAAGUACUCUUCACAAACCGACCAGGGUCCUCCAUCUCGACUGAAGACACUAGCACUAGCACGGCUGAACUGAAUCUCCCUUUGGCCAAGGCUCUGUCGAUGAACAAGGAUCAGGACGUUGUCAAACCGAAACAACCCACGGAAGUCGAUUUCCUUCCUAUUCCUAUUGAGUCGGACGUGCUGACUACCCUACCCCCACCGAAUCCCUUCGCUGCUGACUGCAAACUCAACCCUCAGAGUUCCUUUUAUAUACAUAAAGGAUUUUGCGAUGGCGCAAAGGAGACCAUUAAUGGAGGAACUGGAUUUCAAAUAGUCGUGAAAGCAGGUUUCACUUCCAGGACAGUGAUUGCAAGAUGUACUAAGUGUAACUUUGAGCUUGACUUCAAGGAGGUUAAUCUAGACAUCAACAAAUCGGAGCAUGGAAAUUACGUUAUAAAUGGGAUCGGUUACCGCCUCCGCUUCCUCCAGAAGAGUCAUCUGCCAACACGACGCUCAGAUGAUGUUAUGUACGGGUGUAUUUUCUGCGUCCAUCAAGGUCAAACCCUUCAUGCGAGCGAUGCAACUGUAUUUUUCAGCCAAAAGGCGCUCUUUGCUCACUUAGCUCGCCAUCCUCGACCUUUACCGGCGAUUCCAGGGCUCUUAUUAAUCGAACAGGACGAGGUUCCAGAUCAGUAUGAAAACGACUAUGACUUACAUUUCAAGUCACCGGUUGAGACGCACCCAGUAUUGGCGAUGUCUGAGGAUAUUGGCAGAAUGCCUGCUGGGGUAUCCAAAGAAGCUGCGAGAAGAUUAUAUGGCCAGCGGCUCGUGUAUGAUCGAAGUCAAGUACUUGAGCUAGCUCAAGGUGCGAGGGUCGUUGGGCUCUCAUGGCCCCUAAAGUAUCGCGGCGAAUGGUGCCUUGGUUGGCAUGAUGGGGUAUAUGCAGCUUUGCCGAUGGACAUCAUAAGGCUAGACUUGCCACGAUUUAGUGAUGUUAAAAUGGGUGGGACGAGCCUAGUCAAGGCAACCGCAAGGUGGAAAUUCAAUAUCAGGGAUACACACUGGCUUAUGUUUGAGAAGGAUGAGGUCAUCAGGAAUAUCGGCUGGCUAUAUAAAGACUUUUGGUGCUGGUCAGGUACAAAUGCCAAUGGCAAAUCGGGCAUCUUUCCUCAGGCGUUCAUCGAUAUAGGCACGCUGCGGGACUCUGAUGGAUCUGGCCCUAGCCAGGCAGACCGGGAGGGAGCUUUAAAUAACGAGAGGAGCAAGAACACGUCCCUUCCUACUCCGUCGCGAUCUUCGUUUUACAAAAAGACCGGAGCUCGAAUACCUGCAAGAACCACCUACUCAGCCAGUGGCAGAAAACUGCCACCCCCUCUGACUCCAAUCACCAGUGCCUAUACACAUGAUGACACAUCAACCUGGGACAAUACUCAAGCAGAAGCCCCACCGCUGACCCUGGAUCAACAAAAGGCAAAAGACUCUAGAAUUCAAGCCCCUACAGCAGCGAAAGGCUUAGAUCAUCUCAAGAAGCCAGGGCAAGCCACAAACAUGGAGUCCAUUAACGAAGACCUUUUAUUAGACAUGAAACUUGAAGAAGUGCACCAGUUUGGCAAAUGUUGGACCUGCAGCCCCGUUGACUGUGUUUCAACGGACAAGGUGCCCAUUGCCAUUUCGGAUGUCCCAGUUGUCAUCCCUGUUGAAAGCAGGUACCCGCUCAGAGCACCAGUCACGCCACCGCCCGAUCCUCAUCCGAAGUUCAUUGAUCCGACGAGGCAAAUACCAGACAACGUAAUAUCAGAGAUCUUUAAGGUUUAUGAAGAUUCUCUGGGCUUUUACCUUCUGAUCAACGGCCAGCUUCAGAUAAUCAUUCCGGAUGACUUUGACUAUCAGUACGCCCUUUCACACCGGCCCCGGGAGUUCGGUGGACUGGAGGUCACUUAUAUCAUGGAGAGCAUGACUCCUACUGCGGGGAUUACUGGCCAAGCCUCGAUGGAAGUGCCUCAAACCCUGACAAAUGCCCCAAUGCCAACACAGUCGGCUCCAGGUGCCAGCUCAACAGCUAGUCAAUCAUCUGCGGCACACAUUGACGCCAUGCUUAAGCUGACUAUUGGAAGCGCCAUGCAGGCAUCGGUCAAAGGUACCAAGCUAAAGGACCGUUACGAGGGUCGAAUCGGUCUCAUGACAAGAAUGGGAGACAGGACUUUCGUGACAAUACCUACACACGUCGUCACCUCUGCGCUUACGGCAGCGAGGUCGGCUUCGUUCCCGGGAGAUUCAUGGAUUAACGACGUACAGAUAGUUUCCAGUAACGGCAACAAAGAGCUAGGACCCAUAUCUGAAACAUUUGACCCAGCCGCAAGCCAUUUUCCCCUCGGUUUUCUCCACGACAUCAGCUUAGUUGACGACUAUUGGAAUGUCAAUGCCAGGCCGUUGGACAAGGAAUCUUCAGAAUGCGGCAACCACCGAAAACCACACGCUUUUCUCUACGACGCCCUAGUACGAGCUCAGAUGCGACGCAAGAUUCAGAGGUCUGGACCGGUCUCGUAG